AGAUCUCAGACUGUUGUAGCCUAAACAUCGCGAGUGCAUCUGAAUACAACUUUUAUCUCGAAGUACUUUCUUGUGAAGAGACAUUUUGAAAAAAAUGCAGGGAAACACCCAGACGAGAAUUCAGCAGAAAGAGAAAGAUCUGGCGCUGAUGGAGACUGUGGCGUCUCAUGAGCACUUUUUAUCCUCAUGCCACAACUUGAAAAUGGAACAAACUACAGGAGGUUUUAAUUUUGUCCUACUGGGAAGAACAGGAGCUGGGAAGAGUGCAUCAGGAAACACAAUACUGGGACGAGAAGCUUUCAAAUCAAAGAAAAGCUCUAGAUCAGUCACACAAGAUGUUGCUGUUGAAUCUGGAACUGUUAAAGGGUUUCCAGUCACUGUUUAUGACACACCAGGAUUAUUUGAUACAGAGAUGAGAGAACAGGAGAUUCAGCAGAAAUAUGAAGAGGUUCUUCAGAGAUGUGAAUCAGAUCUCUGUGUGUUUCUGCUGGUCAUCAAAGCUGACAGAUUCACUGAAGAAGAGAGAAAGACUGUGGAGAAGAUUGAGGAGCUGCUGGGAGAAGAGCGCUUGAAGAAAACCUGGAUUCUCUUCACCAGAGCAGAUGAAUUAGAAAAUGAAAAUAUGACAAUAGAUGAAUUCCUUGAUGACACUGAACCACUGAAGAAACUCGUUCAGAAAUAUGAUCAGAGAUAUCACGUGUUCAACAACAAGAAGGAAAAUAACAAGACGUUACAAGCUGAAAUGCUGCUUGCAAAAAUAAUUAAGUCAUACAUGGACACAGAAGAAGAUGCAGAGAAGAAUCCAUGGAUGAGGAAAAUACCAGACAACAUUGAACCAGACAGUCUCUCCUGCUAUCCUGCUGCCAGUCCCUCAUCCAGACGGAUUGUUCUUCUGGGUAAAACUGGUUUUGGGAAGAGUGCAUCUGGAAACACAAUACUGGGACAGAGAGAGUUUAACUCUGUACAGAGAAUGAAUUCAGUAACCCGUGUUUGUUCAGCUGCUCACGCCACUGUUUCAGGCAGAUCUGUGACUGUAGUUGAUACUCCUGGAUUCUUUGACACAAAGAUGAAGCCUGAAGAGUUAGUGACAGAGAUAGCGAGAAGUAUUUAUAUAUCCAGUCCUGGACCGCACGCUUUCCUCAUCGUGUUUCCUGUGAAUAUGAGAUUCACUGAACAUGAGCAGCAGAUUCCUCAGAUUAUUGAGAUGUUGUUUGGUAAAGAAGUGUUAAAAUACUCCAUCAUUCUCUUCACUAAUGGAGAUCAGCUAGAAGGAAAGUCUGUAGAGAAACUCAUUGAGGAGAACUGUGGAUUAAGAGAUCUAGUUCAGCAGUGUGGAGGCAGAUUUCACAUCUUCAACAAUAGAGAAAUGAAUAACAGAGAUCAAGUGAAUGAUCUACUGAAGAAGAUUGACACAAUGAUAGAGCAGAAUGGAGGAGGACACUACAGUAAUCAGAUGUAUGAAGAUGCUGAGAGAUUCAGACGAGAGGAAGAAGAGAGGAGACAGAGAGAGGAGGAGAGAAAAGAGAGAGAGGAAAAGGAGAGAAAACAACAAGAGGAGAAACGAAGACAAGAUGAAGAAAAGAGGAGACAAGAGGAGAUUGAGAGAGUGAAAAAGGAGACAAAAGAGAAAAUCAGAGCAGAGAUUGAAGAUCAACUGAAGACUGAACAAAAGGGACUUGUAGUAAAGAGACGGAGAGAGGACGAGGAGAGAAAACAAAAAGAGAAACAAAGACAAGAGGAGACUGAGAGAGUGAUAAAGAUGACAGGGGAUAGAAUCAGCGCAGAGAUGGAAGCUUUAGAGAAUAAAACACCAGAGGAAAAAGAUGGAGCAAAUAAAAAAGAGACUGGAUUUUUUACAUUUGUAUCCAAGUUUUGGCGUUGUAUUUUAGAUAGUGUAGCUCUGGGUGGAUUGCUUGGUGGAGUGGUUGGUGGAGUGGUUGGUGGAGUGGUUGGUGCUGCUACUGCCAAAUGUGGAUUUGUUUUAUAUGGUGCUGGAGUAGGUGCUUUAGUUGGUGUUGGUGUUGGUGCUUUAGUUGGAGGUGGCGCAGUGUAUUACAUCAAAAAACAUGAAGCGGAGAAAAAGCAAGAAGAGGAGAAACAAAGACUAGAUGAAGAAAAGAGGAGAAAAGAUAGAAUAAAAGAGGAGAUUGAGAGAAUGAGAAAUGAGGUAAAAGACAUGGAAGCUGCAGAGAAGGAGGCUCAACUUAAUUUUGAAAAAGAAAGCAUAGAAAUAAAGAGUCGGAGAGAGGACGAGGACAGAAAACAAGAGAAACUAAGACGAGAUGAGAUUGAGAGAGAACAUUUCAAUACGGACAUUUUGUGGAAGCUCAUUUCUGACGGAAGACAUCUUACAUCGACUGUUUUGUCAUCGUAUCUUGUUGGUGAAUACAUCUUGGGGAAAGUGUUGUUGAAGAAGCAAACAGGGACCAUGAAAUAUCAGAACUUUGAGAACACAGAGGUGAGAGAAGUUGGAGAUGAUGUUGAUGAAGAUCUUCGGCUGCUGUUGAUCGGUAAAACCGGAUCUGGGAAAAGCGCCACCGGGAACAUCAUCUUUAACGAUCGAGUGUUUAAGUCAGUAAUGAGUUCUUCAUCAGUGACCAGAUCCUGUAAAUCACACACUGGUAAUGUUAAUAACAGGAGCGUGACAGUCAUCGAUACUCCAGACUUCAUCUUCUCCACUCACACUGACAUUGAUUCAGACUCAGAGCUGAAGAAAGCUCUUGAAUUAUGUUCAGCAGGAGCUCAUGUGAUCCUGCUUCUUCUGUCUUUAAGCACUUUCACUGAGCAGGAGAUGGAUUUCACUGGUUGGUUUGAGCAGAAGUUUGGUGAAGAAGCUCUCAGAUUUACUGUAGUGCUCUUCACUCACACAGGUCAGAGACACAUGAGGACACUAGCAGAAAUGAUCAGGAUGAAUCCUCAAUUAUCUGAUUUUAUUAACCGAUGUGGGCAGAGAUAUCUUGAGUUUAACAUUAAAGCUCCAGCAAACAGAGGACAGGUGACUGAACUCAUAGAGAAGAUCGAUAUACUCGUGUCUGAGAACUCAAACUCCUGCUACACACUCGAGAUGAUGCAGGAGACUGAGAGGAGAAGAAAGGAGAGAGAGAGAAGAGCAGAGGAGGAGAGGAGAGAAGAGGAGGAGAGGAGAAGAGAGGAGGAGAGGAGAGAGCGGAUAAGAGAGGAGGAGAGGAGAGAGAGAGAACACCAGAUGGAAUUAGAAAGAGUCAAAAUAGAGACAGAAAUUAGUGUGAGGAGAUAUAUUGAACAGGAGAAACAGAAGAGAGCAGAGGAGGAGAAGAGAGAAGAAGAGAAGAGAAAAGAGGAGGAGAAGAAAGAGGAGGAGAAGAGCGGAGAUGAAGAGAUAGAGAGUGAACAUACAGCAUUAGAGAGAGACAGUGGGUUCAAACACGUUGUAAAAGAGAAUAAGUACAUAAUUGUUGCAGGUUUAGGUGUAGUAAGUGUUGUUGUGAUUGUAUUAGUAUUCGUUCUCCUGAAAAUAUUUUCUUCAACUCAACCUUAAUAUAAUGUAAUGUCUGGUGGUUGACAAUGUAUUUUAUGAAGGAAGACAUAAUUUCAUACCUGCUAGUUUAGAUUAUGGAUGUUUCAUGUGUUCAUGGAGAUAUAAUAUCGUUAUUUGUUGCUAAAAUGAUUUACGUAAUAUAUCAUUCAUAUAUUUAAACACACA